UGUUCCUGUUUAUCCCAACUGUGGAAUAAGUGGUUACUUUUAACUGUGUGUGUCAUUGAGACUUUGUUUCCCUCGUUGAAGAUAACACUAACAAACACCAUGGGAUCAAGUGAGAGUAAGAUGUCUGCGUCUGCUGCGAUGAAACCAGAACCAGCCAUGAAGAAAACUUGUGUCAGUCAUCUGGUAGAUCCACGCUCUCCCUCAGCUAUCAUCUCUCGAACACCCAUUCAGAUUGCUGGACCCGAGUCCAAAUCCUCUACUGAGGUAAAAAGCAACUGUCCCCUGGUGUUCGUGGACCCCCGCUCACCUACAGUUGGCAUUACUCGCACCCCUGUCAGAGAUGUCAUGAGAGCAACUGUUGGGUCUUUUGCUCGCCGUCUUGGUCAGUUAUUCCACAAUGAGGCUGAAGGCAAAGCACCUGAAGGUCCUAAGAUAUGCUUCAAUGAUACCGUGGCAGAUGACCUCAGGGCUGAAGAGAUGGCGUCCACUACGCCCCUCCUGGCUCCUCAGUUGACCAAAAACUCUCUAGCUGAGCAUGCUAAUCUCCUGGCCACCCCUAAACUGCUCCCUCUUCAGACCACAGCUGACUCGAGUCCCUUUGUGCUUCUUGAGGAAACUCAGGUGGAAGCAGAUUUUACCCUUGAAGAAGCUGAGGAAGCAAGAGAGAGUCCUCUUCACAAGAGACUAAGUAUGAGCCUGAUUACAUGCAAUGAGGGAGCACCUUCCUCUCAAAUCUAUGCUGAAGUGCACAGUGAAAGUGACCAGGUCUCAGAACCUAGUGGAGGAGUGCAGCCAGUCGGGGCUGAUGUUGAGCACUCCUAUGCCCUUGCUUCCAUCUCAGCUGCACCCGAGUCCUCAGAGCAACCCCUUGUCCCUGAUCUGGUGCCUUCCCCAGUUAAGGAAACUCCUGCACACCCAGAGGAAGCCGAAAAACUGCCAUCGUCUGAGGAAACUAAAGAGCUCAAUGGAGAACCUUCAUUGCCUGCAGUACCAUCAGAUCCCCCGACUGUUCCCAGCCCAAAACAGUCACAAGUCUGCAAUGGGAUCCGCUGCCCUACUUUUGACCCGAAGAGCCCCAGUCAGGUGGAGUUCAAGCCCCAGUGGCUGGGAAAAGGCUUUGGUGCUUCUGGGUUAAGAGCUAGAGGAAAACAAGGUGGUGGAAAAGGAGGCUCAUCUCCCCUCGCCUUCCGGGUGGCGGUUAAAAACCUAACCAAUGAAAAUAAGGGACAGUCUGGAAAAAUUAAGCAGAAAGAUACUGCGGGCCGCUCUCCUCUGCAGACUCUUAGGGAGACCAACUCUCCCCGGGACCAGCGCUCUCAGAUGAAGCUGAAGGCGUCCACUCCAGACAAACAAAGGCCUGGACAGCUGGACCGUCGAGUGCUGGUGUGUCUGGACAAGGAGAACAGAUGAAGCACUGCAGGAAUGUGUACAGAGUCUUUUUAUUUUAUGGUUCUUAAAACUAUGCUUUUAUAUGUACAGGUUUCAUGGACUGAAGUUGUUUUCCUGUUUGUACAUAUGCCUUUUAUCUCCUACAUGCUGACCUUUUUCAUGGUUUAAUCAUUUAAAUGUAAAAUAUUGGAUAUCUUAACUUUUAAUUUCAAACUGCUUUACUGUUUGUUUUUGUGCUUUUUCUUGUCUUUUUAUUUUUGCACCAACAGAAUAAAAGCUUAACACUUGA